AUGAUUCCAGCCUCUGAGGUUGAAAGCGCAGCGACUUCAUCAUCGACUGAAACAUACUAUGUCGCAUUCGAAAUCCAGCCCCAACAAGGAGAGAGUGAUGCGGAGCAAACCCUGCAACUCCCAGAUGUGGGAACGCCGGUGAAAGUCACACCAAAGGGACGCGACACAAAGCAAAGCAAUAAGCCGAUUUGGCCCUGGCCGAAGCCGAAACUCGCAAAGUCAUCUGGAGCCCAGCCAUCGGUCAGUGGAGAACGAACUUUAGUUGUCGGUAUGAGCGGCAAGCCUCAGCAAUCUUAUUCAUCCGGUGGUCCAUCCAGCCAACACACUGCUGUCGCUCGACAGGGCCAGUCCUCCCUUGGUAAAUCCCAUUCCGGAAAGGCAGCCAAAACCCCAAUUUGGCACGGCCACGUCGUUUCCUCGUCCCUGGCAGACAUAAAAAUCGCUCGGUGCGCCAACCAAUCUUGUGUUUGCCAAGAUCCACAAGCCUCACGAUGA